UUGUUUGCUACUUAAUUAUACCAGCCUUCGUUUUGGGCUCAAACAUGACCAAGCGGUCGGAGGUUUAGAUAGUUUUCGUUCAACCAUAGACAGGUCAUCAUGUCUCGCAGUUUGUGCGCGCUCUUGGCGAUACUCAUCAUUAAUUUGGCAAACGCGGCACCUCAAAGUUCUCCAACUAUUGUUCCGGCAAUCCGCACUAAUGGCUUCCAACUGGAACCCCUCAACCAAGAAUACUUUCUCAGAAUCGAACAUCCGGGUGGCACUAUUCGCCAGGAAUCGGUGAAACAGAAUGAAGCCGGAAACCUGCAAGUUACCGGAGUGAUCAAUCAGCCCUUUGAGGACCAGGGUGCCAAUUUGGUUCUCACCUACGAGGCUGGUCCAAAUGGAUACGUUGCUAAAUACAGCUACGGCAAGGGUCCACCAACGCCCCCUCCUGAGACUCCGCUUUUCCUCAGUCCUACUGCCUUGAAAACCGCAGCUGGUUAGGUUUAAGUAUGAAAUGAACUUUACGAGAUUGCCAGAAUUACCGAAUUUAUAUAAAUACUAUAAGUACCUUUUGUGACAAUCCUCCAAGGAAAAAGAAUUAUAAAAUAAUUUUAAUUAAAUAAAACCUUAACCUUGGUCCUUAA